AUGGCCGAAGUGAUUGGCCUGGGGGCAUCGAUUCUGGGUAUUGCCGAUGCCGGCCUUAGAGUGACCACCGCUCUCUACAGAUUCUCAAAGUCUUACUCCUCCGCCGAUACCAAAGUGGAAGGCAUUGCAAGCACCGUCGCCGUCACCGCUGCGAUCUUGACAAAACUGGGCAAUGUCGUCAACGAACACCCGGAUGACUUGCACAAGAUGAGGCGAUGGAGUGUCUUUCCUGACACUAUCGCCGCAUGCCAGAAGCAGUAUGAUGGAAUAGAGAAGGCCCUCCAAAAAGCAAGGCCUGGUAACAUGCGCCCCUGGCAAAAACUGGUAUUCGCUUUAGGCGGAGACGAGGAAAUUGAGGAGCUCUUGAUUGAGUUGGAGAGGACCAAGUCAAAUCUGGAGUUGCUCCUGGGGGCAGUGAAUUAUGACAUCCUGAGGAGACUAGAAAAGGCGAAUGAACUAAGCCCGCAGCUAGCAGAACAGCUCGCUGAGAUAAAGGCCAUUCUCCCGUGGCUUGUGUCGAAUAUCGCCCUACUUGGAGGCCUCCAAAAUCCGGGCAAUGGUGGAUCAAACGACGACACCACGAAAGUUCCGCCACAAUCGAAUGUUCUGACCGUGGUGCCUGUUGGCGAGCCGGGAAUUGCUCCUUUCGAAACCCCAGGCAGCAACCCUGGCAAAUCUCCUGCUCUCAACAACACCUCAAUCGCACGAUUCCCAAAUGGCCAAAGCGACGGCAACCAAGACGGCAACUAUGGGCGGGGACAGCCCUCGACCUGGCCUCAUAGGUUGGGAAAUUCUCAAGGCAGCCCUCGACUGCUAACGGAAGCCUCUCCCAAUCAAGCCAAGAACCCAGAUUCGAACAAGCCGCCCAAAGAUGAGAACACCGCCUAUGAUGGCCCUUCUCAAAAACCUUUGUACCCUUGGGAGACUGAUAUGUCGGGCCCGUUUUAUGAAGCUUGGUCUUUGAUAUAUCAAAAGGAGACCAGGCAGAAAAAGGCAUCCUCGUACGAUUCCGCUCAUGAGAUCUCUAUCAGCUAUUUCCCUAUCAAGCUGACUGUGGCUCCGGUGUCCGUUAAACCCCCCCGGUAUUCUUUCAUCGAGCUUCGAAUCCCGUCCUCGCAGCUGCGUGAUAUUGUCACGAAAAAGAAUCCUUCUGGGCCUCCCAUCAGCGACAUCUUGACAAGUCUUCCCGCCCCAGCCCAAAGAGCAGUCAACAAACUUCUCCAACACCGAUCAUACCGAAGACCCUCCAUAGAGAUGAUCGAAGUAAGAAAAUCCUUUUGGAAAAGAAUGACGUCCCGGGGUUCCAAUCCAUCGCUCGUGAUAUAUUUGAAGUGUGACGUUAGGCCUUCUUCCACCGAGCAAAAGAAGGGCGCGUCCAUCCCAUCACUCUCUUCUGUGGAUACGGACGGACUAUACGACGGCCUCGACGAGGGUACCGAUGCAGACGCCGAAGAACGCCCCGAACGUCCCGUACCAGGCCUCGUAAAUUAUGGACCUAUGAGCGGCACUGAAUACGCACGGACACCCGGGGCAGCAGGCCGUCUUUUCGGAGAACCCGUGGCGUACCAGAGUGAGGUCAAACCGAAGAUACUUCUUGGUGAAACCAUGGAGGCACGACCGCGCCAGAAAUCGCCCACGCAGAGGAUGCCCACAGAGGACGAAGCAGAGAAACUGAUGGAUGAGUUUCUGGCCGGCUUGGAGGCAGAGGAUAAAGCUCAGAGAGCUGAUUGA